AUGGUCCUUCAAGUUUAUCUCGCGCAUACCGGCCAGGCUCUUCAGGCCGAUCCGGGAACCUUCACUUCUCUUGAUACUUUCAAAAGCUGGGUAUCAAAACACAGCAAGAUUGCUGUCCAGGACUUCGUUUCCUUGACGGCUCUGGGGAAGCCCAAGGAGAUAUUCGUGUACGAUCGCCGGAUAGCACAACCCUCCUCCUCCUCUUCAACGAAGAUUCCAAACACCGAAGUGCCUUUCCCUCCUAGAUAUAAUGUAUCGAGACCACCAGACACGAUCGCAGAUCAGAACGACUUGCAAGCAUGGCGGGAUCUGUUUAUGCAGCGAAGAUCAUGGGCCUUGAAGGUUGUGGAUGACUCUUCAGCCAUGUCACUUGAAGCACAGAAGCGAUACGCAGAGGCCGGGAUUAUCAUUCGGGGCGUGGACGCAGCAGUAAUGAACUUGGAGAAGCAUGUGAAAGCGCUGGACCAGAAGAAUGCCGAUGUCCAAAUAUGGGCUGAAGAUGUCAAGAAGGAGCAAGUCGCGGCAGGAACAGACUGGGAGGCUUCUCUAUUGCGCCUACGUUCAUUACCAGCUUCCAACGAAACGCUCGAGUUCAUCACAGGCCGUGAUCUUCGAGGGAACUCUAUUAAACAACCUACACUGGAAGAUCUGAUCGAUACCGACGAGGUAAAAAAAUCCGGGAAGCUCGUUCAGAACAUCUCAUCACAGCUUGGUCGAAGCAGCGCCGAGCUAGGAACAAGGGUGGAUAAGGUUAUGCAGAAGGCUGACGACUUAUUCGACAAAAUGGAGAAGGGUCUUGACAGGACAGUGCCUAUUCAAGCUACAGAGGCGGUGCAGCUGAUGGAGGAUAUCGAGGCUAUUGCGAAGAAGGUCAGCAACGACUACGAAAAUGUGCUGGGCUACUCCAAUACCGCCAAAAACGUCUCACAGGCUUCGAAAUCAGCACUCCUACACACCAAGAAUUUCCUUCCAAACUUGUCAAAAAGGAGCUUAGAGAUGGAUGGAAUCUUACGGAAGGCCACCGUCGUCCGCAACUCUAUUGCGGUCGAGUCGCUGGGUGUCAUGCGGGACAUUGCAAUCUUGACAUCUAUGGUAAGCGAGGCAAACGCAGCUUUUGCUGCGCUGGACCUUGACGGACAGGCCUUCGAUGCGUUCCACGUACUGUCUAUGGCCAAUGCACUCCCUAUCACGUAUGCUUCAUUUCUGGCGGAGGCGAUUCGACGCAGAGAGUGGAACGAAAAAGUCAAGUUAGAUUCCUCAACUCUGGCAAACGAAAUGGCCUCGUUCCAGGACGAGGAGGCCAAAAGACGGAGAAAGUGGCAAAAGGGUACUGGAACUGCGCUUUGGGGCGACAAGACCGAAAACAAAGUUUCCGGGUUGGAAGUCAAGCUGCUCGGUGGGGAAGACGACUGGCCUCAAGUUGCUAGACAAGACUUGGAGGCGCUUCUGGAGACCUUGCAGGCCCAUGAUGCGAGAUCUGUGACUGUCAGUGAAGUUGCCAAGAUCAUAUCGGAUCUAAACAAUCCUACCAAGCAACAAAAUAAGCGAGCCAAGGCUUUCAAGGCAGGAAGUAUACAUGAGGCGGCUCUUGGUCGAAGUGCCCUCCUUGUGCGAGGCGACGAUGAUUUGAUUCGUGGCCUGCAAGAGGAGAAGCAGAAGACGGAGAACAAGUUGAGGACUGCAGAAAGCCGUGUGCGAAAGCUUGAAGGCUUGUUGCAUCGACAGUCGCAAAUGAUCCGACCUACAAGCGGGGGCAUCUUCCCACCAUCUGGACACCCGAGCCCUGACUUGCAAAUCAACGCAAACCCUUUGGCAUCCCCCCGAAUUGCGGAAGAUCUCUCGACACGCUCCUCCGCAUCUUCCCGUGGGUUCUCUGCGCCCCACGGUGCGGACGAGAAGGCGUUCCAGCAGAAGUUCCUUUCCUUGGAGGCUGAGCUAAUCGCUGAGCGGGAACGUGCAGCGGGGUUUGAAAAAGAGGUUUCGGCUCGAAAGACUGCGGCAGACGCCAUGAAAUCCCUAGUCGAGGAAGCAAACUCUACGAAGACGGAUCUCAUGGAGAACUUCGAUGCCCAGCAACGAGAGUUCAUUGAAGAGCGCAAAUCCCUCGAGAGCGAGAUCAAGCGCUUGAAAGCCAAGUUAGAAGAGCUCGAGGAUGAAAUGGAUCGAUACCUCGGAUCUCGUGAAAAUGAAAGGACCAGCAUUGAUGAUCGUGUUAAACAAUUGCAGGAGGAGCUAGAGCAAGUACGGAAAGAGGCGACAGCAGAGUCACAGAAAGCCCAGGGGCAAGUAGAAUACCUCCGCGACCAGGCGAAAAUGCAACGCGAGACCAACGAGGCUCUGGAGGCCCAGAUGCAUCGGCUUCGCCAAGAUAACAAGGAUCUUUCCACUCGCGCUGAAGCGGCAGAAGCGGCGAAAGACUUGCACAUGAAGACGUUGGGCGACGUACAUGCACAGCUGUCGCCUACAUCUGCCAUUCCCGAGGACUUUAGCAAUUUGGCAGCUACUUUGAUGGCUUUGUCUGGGGGCCUCGUUGCCGAACUCUGCUCUGUCAAGAGCGAUGCUGCCAUGUUGAGAUCUGAACGUGAUGCUGCUCAAGGUACUAUCGAAAAAAUUCAGUCACAGUUAGACUGCAUGAAGGAGAGGCUCUCUGUAGAAGAGAUGGAGACCGUCCAAUUGCGUGCGAGUCUUGGUGAAGAACGUGCCAGGUUUACAGCGCUGGAGGCCGAGUUGAUUGAUGAGCGUCUUCAGCUUUCUACAUUGAGGACACAUAUCUCCGAUGGCGAAACGGGCUCUGAAGCCUUGCGCAUCCGUCUGGAGGAGGAGGAGAGGAAGGUCACGAGUAUGUCUGAAGAUCUUGCCGCUCGCCAGUCCCGCCUCGGGAGUCUUGAAGAAGAGUUGAGAUCAUUCCAAGAUAAGCAAAGAUCAGUACAAGAGAAGCACGAUAAGCUUAAUGCUCGACUUGAAACACGGACCUUGCAUGCUAAGGAUUUGACACAGCGAGUGUAUACCCAAAACGACCGGCUGUGCAGACUUCUAGAACGCUUGAGCUACACUGUCACUCGGGAAGGAGAAUCGAUGGUCAUCCAGAGGAUACCUAGGCCAGAUCGCUCGAAUGCAAACGACUCGUCGGAUCCUGGGACAGCCGUUAAACGAAGCAUCUCGGGAGCUCCUGGCAGAAAGGCAAUGGCUGAUAGUGCAGACCUCGACCUUCUGUUCUGGAUGAACAGCGACAACCCUGAAGCCGAGACUGAGAACUACGAAGCGUACAUAAAAGCAUUUGGCAGCUUCGACGUCGAAUCUUUCUGUGAGGUCAUCACCAAACGCGUGAAGGACAUGGAGUACACCGCCAAGAAGUACUCCAAGGAUGCUCGCGCAUACCGAGAGAAGUCUCAUGCUGCUCAGAAGGAAGCUCAUGAGAAGAUCGCCUUUAAGAACUUCAAAGAAGGCGACCUCGCACUGUUCUUGCCAACUCGCAAUCAGGCGACUGGAGCCUGGGCGGCGUUCAAUGUUGGAGCUCCCCAUUACUUUUUGAAGGAGCAUGAGUCUCACAAGCUGCGGACUCGAGACUGGCUCCUGGCUCGGAUACACAAGAUUGAAGAUCGUGUAGUCGACCUCUCGAAAUCCAUGUCUGGAGGUCACCUCCACCACCCAUCUGACAAGAGGUCCUUGACGAGCAACGGCGGCGACUCUUUCGAGGAUGACAACCCAUUUGACCUUUCUGACGGGCUCCGAUGGUACCUUAUCGACGCAGCAGAAGAGAAGCCGGGCGCUCCUUCCACACCAGGGCUCAGUAAGAGCACUGUGGCGAGUACGAUGGUCGAUGCUAGGGGCAGCAUCCGUCGCAGCACCAAGUCGUCCAGCAGCGGCGUGGAAGGACUCAACAAGACGCUCAGCAAGAGUCUGGACAGCAGGCGCGGCAGCAACAACUCGAAGAAAUCAGUUCCUCUCGCAGCAACACUCGACCGAAGCGGAACCGACUCCUCCUCCUUGAAAGGAAAAGCGACAACCCAGGCUGUCAGCGGCGAGGCGUCCGAGGCCCAGAUUAUCCGGACAAAUAGCAAGUCCGACGUCAAGGGCAGCGGGGACAAAGUUUCCAACGCGGAGGUGCGGAACGAGAUUGAUAAAUUAUUGGGCCCAUGA